AUGGCGAGGGAGGACAGGAAGCGGAGGCAGCCUGACGGCGAUGAGGCGGCGGACGAGGGCGAGAGGCGGGGGCGGAGGGACAAGAGGCCCAAGGAGGAGAAGCCGGCGCCGCCGCUGCCCUCGGAGAUCAGGAACAAGGAGAAGCGCAGCGAGGUGUACGCCAAGCUCAAGCGCGAGAAGAAGGCCCAGAAGCGCAGGCUCGGCCGCGAGCGCGGCCAGGCCGCCCAGCGUGCCGCCGAGCUUGGCGAGGAGGUGCCGGAGAAGCAGGUCCCCCGGACGAUCGAGAACACCAGGGAGCCUGACGAGACCGUCUGCCGUCCUGACGACCAGGAGCUGUUUGCAGGGAAUGAUGCUGAUGAAUUCAAUGCAGUGCUUAAACAAGUAGUAACCCCGAAAGUAUUGAUUACCACAUGCCGCUUCAAUUCAGGGAGGGGACCUGCUUUUAUUAAGGAGUUAAUGCAAGUGAUUCCAAAUGCUCAAUAUGUUAAUAGAGGAACUUAUGACCUGAAGAAAAUUGUGGAAUAUGCAAAUAACAGAGAGUUCACUUCAGUCAUGGUCGUCCACACAAAUCGACGGGAACCUGAUGCACUGCUGAUCAUCAACCUACCUGAGGGCCCUACUGCACAUUUUAAGCUAUCCAAGCUCGUUCUGCGGAAGGAUAUAAAGAACCAUGGGAACCCUACAAGUCAUAAGCCAGAGUUGGUGUUGAACAAUUUUACUACGCGCCUUGGUCACCGUGUUGGGAGGAUGAUACAAUCUCUUUUCCCUCAAGACCCAAAUUUCCGUGGCCGCCGAGUUGUGACCUUCCACAAUCAGCGAGACUAUAUAUUUUUCCGUCAUCACAGGUACAUCUUUGAGGAGAAAGAAAAGAAGAUCGUUUCAAAGGACAAGAAAUCGAAGGGUGAAACGAAAACUGAGAAGCAAAUAAACUGCCGCCUUCAGGAAUGCGGCCCUCGGUUCACCCUGAAGCUGCUCACAUUGCAACACGGGACCUUCGACACCAAAAGCGGGGAGUACGAGUGGGUUCACAAGCCCGACCUGGACACGAGCAGGAGAAGGUUUUUCCUGUGA